AAAAAAAGGUAAAGUGGGCUUGAUCCUUUUUAAAUUUCAACCGCUCCCACUUCGACACUCGGAGCGAAUUUUAUAACUUCUUUCCUUUCCCAACCCUCCUCUUCCAUACUGCUUCUCUCUUUAUUGUGAAUUUAUUUCCUUUACUAUUUGUAUCAUGGCUGACGAAGUCUACGAAGGUGCCAUCGGCAUUGACCUUGGCACUACCUACUCUUGUGUUGCCAACUAUGAAGGCACCAACGUUGAGAUCAUUGCCAACGAGCAGGGUAGCUACACCACUCCCUCUUUCGUCUCUUUCACCGACAAGGAACGUUUGAUUGGUGAGGCCGCAAAGAACCAGGCCGCCAUGAACCCGAAGAACACUGUCUUCGAUAUCAAGCGUCUUAUCGGUCGGCGGUACGAGGACCCAAUUGUCAAGAAGGACGUGGAGUCAUGGCCCUUCAAGGUUGUCGACCAGGGCGGAAACCCUGCCGUGGAGGUCGAGUAUCUCGGCGAGUCCAAGACUUUCACUCCCCAAGAGAUUUCCUCUAUGGUGCUCAUGAAGAUGAAAGAAGUUGCGGAGACCAAGCUUGGAAAGAAGGUCGAAAAGGCCGUUAUCACUGUCCCAGCUUAUUUCAACGACAACCAGCGUCAGGCUACUAAGGAUGCAGGUGCCAUUUCCGGCCUGAACGUCCUGAGAAUCAUUAACGAGCCUACUGCCGCGGCUAUUGCUUACGGUCUUGGCUCUGGAAAGUCUGACAAGGAGCGGAAUGUUCUGAUCUAUGAUCUUGGUGGUGGUACUUUUGAUGUUUCUCUGCUGAACAUCCAGGGCGGUGUUUUCACCGUUAAGGCCACUGCUGGUGACACUCACCUUGGUGGACAAGAUUUUGACACCAACCUCUUGGAACACUUCAAGAAGGAGUUCCAGCGCAAGACCGGAAAGGAUCUUUCUGGUGACCCCAGAGCAUUGCGUCGCUUGAGAACUGCUUGUGAACGUGCCAAGCGUACCCUGUCCAAUGCUACCCAGACCGCGGUGGAAAUUGACUCCCUCUUUGAUGGUGAAGACUUCAACUCUUCAAUCACUCGUGCUAGGUUCGAGGAUCUUAACUCUAAGUCCUUCGCUGGCACCCUUGAACCGGUCCAGCAGGUUCUCAAGGACUCUGGCCUUGAAAAGAAGCAGGUCGAUGAGAUCGUGCUUGUUGGUGGAUCUACUCGCAUUCCUCGCAUUCAGAAGCUCCUUAGUGACUUCUUCGAUGGCAAGAAGCUUGAGAAGAGCAUCAACCCCGAUGAGGCUGUCGCUUAUGGUGCCGCCGUGCAGGCUGGUAUUCUCUCCGGAAAGGCUUCCUCCGCCGAGACCCAGGAUCUGUUGCUUCUCGAUGUUGUCCCUCUCUCUCUUGGUGUUGCUAUGGAGGGCAACAUUUUCGCUCCCGUCGUGGCCCGUGGCCAGACUGUUCCCACAAUCAAGAAGCGCACCUUCACCACUGUCGUGGACAACCAAACAACUGUUCAGUUCCCUGUCUUCCAGGGUGAGCGUACUAACUGUGCGGACAACACCUCCCUUGGAGAGUUCACAUUGGCUCCUAUUCCCCCCAUGAAGGCUGGCGAGGCUGCUCUUGAGGUCGUCUUUGAGGUCGACGUCAACGGUAUCUUGAAGGUUACCGCUACAGAGAAGUCAUCUGGCCGUACUGCAAACAUUACCAUCUCGAACGCUGUUGGCAAGCUUUCUACCACUGAAAUCGAGCAAAUGAUCGAUGAUGCCGCCAAGUUCAAGACUAGCGAUGAAGCUUUCACCAAGAAAUUCGAGUCCCGUCAGCAGCUCGAGUCUUACAUCUCUCGUGUUGAGGAGAUCGUGUCGGACCCGACCAUGUCCAUGAAGCUGAAGCGCGGCAACAAGGAGAAGAUUGAGUCAGCCCUCAGUGAUGCUAUGGGUCAGCUUGAAAUUGAAGAUUCCACUCCGGAAGACCUUAAGAAGAAGGAACUUGCCCUCAAGAGACUCAUUACCAAGGCUAUGGCUACCCGGUAAAUGUGCAUACCUUGAAUGUGUGAAGGGUUAGUUACAUACCUGUCCUUUCUUGAGCUCUUUCCUUUUCUCUCAUUUUCCUUUUUCAAUUUCAACCACGAAAGGCGUAGCCUUCGGGUUGGCUACCGGUGGGAAUCGAGAUUUUAUUCUGGCAGAUUUGAUCAUCCAUUUGUGGCUCCUUUCUGUAUCAGAGAUCUUUUUUUUUUAGGGUUGGGCGCAACAUUUUUUUCUCUUUUUAAAAGUACCAUGAUUUAGAUGAGGUCGCCUCGGCAGUUUAAUGACUUUUAUGAGCCUGGCAUACCGAUGGAUGUCUAAAUUUGUCUAUUCAUUUGAAACGUAUUUUUGGGUUGAUCUUCUUCUGGACUGAUUAAACCCGUAGGUCUCCCAAUUUCCCGAAAAUACCUGCAUUGAUCGUUAGAGAAAUCGUCUCAAUCCCGUUUAUGUUGAUUCUUUGCUCC